UAUAAGGAGAUGUGGAAACCCGCGUCACUCUGACAAAAUGAGUUUCACCUCCCAGUGUUGUUGACAGAGGAGGGUCGAUGCACAUGGGUCAGGGUUGACUGACAGACUGGAUUUUAGCCUCACGAGUGUCAUUUCUCGCUUGGGACUGAGGGCGAUCGAACGAAACCAGCUGUACGUGACGGAUAAGCAGGAUUUGCAUGCUUACCACUGGCUAGAAUGAAGCUGUGAUGGGUUUGACGGAGCUGACUUGUGUUGGAGCUUUAGAUCGAUAUCAAACAGAGCUUCUUAUAAGAACACGAUCUCUUCUACAUCAUGGCCAGGAGUCAGAAUAAUUUGUGGAGACAGCAUGACCUGAACAGAGUGCAGAGCUUUGGCCUGAGGGCUUACACAGAGCAAACCCUGAAGGAGCUUCAACAGCAACAGCAAAUGGCCAACGAGUUUAACUCCAACCCCUCUCUCUCCCAGCCUCCAUUUUUUUCUGAUUCCUACCACCUAGCAUCAGACAACAUGCUGCUGCCCAUUGAGGGAGACCAGGUGGUUCCUUCUUCCCAGAGACAGGCAGUGUUCGGGGUUGAUCAGAGGGAGGCCAAACCCUUGCCACCUCUGCCAGACCCCGAGGAGCUUAUGUCAGAUGAAGCAGCUGAUAGUGAGGUUGAGUUCUUUACCAGUGACCGACGGCCCCUUUUGCCCAAGAGCUGCCCUAAGCCUAUCUGCAGGAACAGCAGCAAAGACUUUGGCCAAGUAAAUUAUGCCUACCAAGAGAGUUCAUUGAGGGCUGGAGAUGCUGGCGUUGGAUCCAUGGCAUUCUCUUGGCCAAGCAGAGAGGACCGGCCAACAUUUGGAGGAGGCAGGUUUGCGGCCGACAUUUGGUGCCUUGGUCACCAGACAGAUGAAAACCAGCCUGUGGUGUCGGAAGCUGAGGAUACCUUUGGAGCCAAACGGCCAGACCAGAACCUAUUACCUAGAAUCCAAUUUUUUGGCUCGGGUCCUUCCACCCAACCACACGCCAGCACCUCAUCAUGGUCCACUGACAGGCCACAAAUCCCUCCUCGUAUCCCCAUCCCACCAAAAUCAAAGACUGGGACCGAUGAAGACAAACCUCCCAAAAUCCCUCCUAGGGUGCCUUUAGUCCCACCCUGUCCACCACGCACCCCAAGCCCUAAAAGUCUUCCAAUUUAUAUCAAUGGAGUGAUGCCUGCCACUCAGAGUUUUGCUGCUAACCCCAAAUAUGUCAGCAAGGCGUUGCUGAGACAGAUGACAGGUGAGCCACCUGCAACCCAGUUUUCUCCCUGCAUUGUUCCGAUUUUGAAGGAUGGCAGAAAGGCCAGCGGGACACACUACAUCCUGCUGCCGCCGGGCCGACCGCCAAACACAGAGAGAAGAGAAAGACUCCUGAGUGAACCUGCUAAGACAGGGAACAGCAGCUUCUGGCAGAAAAGGUAGAAAUCAUCUCACCAUGUCUGAAACUAGACGAGUACAAAACGGUGACUGACGUUAUUAAUCACUCUGUGAUACACAACUGUACAGUGUGCGAUAAUAUCUGCUCACAUGUGUAAUGUAUUGGUAUUUUCAUUGACUGACAUGUGUUUGGUGUAAUAUCCACAAGGUUUUUUUGACUGAACAUUUUACCAAUCAGUAUUUUAGAGAUGUCUCUUCUACUUAGACCACAACGACAAUACACAAUAAUAUAGUAUUUUCACAAAUAGAGAACAAAUAUUUAUUUUCUAUCACCAUUUGUCAGUUUUUGAUAACUAAGAUACUGCCGUUUCCUUACUAAAAAAAAAAA